AUGAAAAGUGGCAAAGAAACGAAGGAAGGAGAAAAGGGUAAACGACCGAGAAAGAUCGGUUUCGUUGAUCCUCAGGAAGGUUCGGAGGGACCGGAUGGUAGGAAAAGUACCGAAAAAACCUAUCGAAAAUCAACCUAUCCCCGGGAAAGCAUGGCAGCCAUGGCGCGGAAAUCUUCCGUACUAAUUCUAUCCCGUUUAAUGGGACCGGCGAUGACUUCCUCCCGAGCCGACCGAGGUCUCUACGAUCGAACCAGCAUGUACGUAGUGCCCCGCUUCCAAAACACCUACCGUCUGGAUUCGAAAAAUCCCUUCCGCCGUGAGGCGAUGCUAACGCUGAUGGAUCGUUUCUUAAAAUCAUACCUCGAAGAGUACAAGUACGUACCGAAGCGUGCCAAAUGGUUGGCAGAAAAUUUAAGCGAAGAGCUACGAAAUCAAUUUAAACUGUGCCAGUUCGAACGGUACCGAAUCGUGGCCCUCGUUACGGUUGGGGACAAGAAAAUGCAAGACUUUCGGUGUGUAGCACGUGCCCUAUGGGAUGCGGAGAAGGACGAUUGUUUAAGCUGCACGUACGAAGCGCUAACCUUUUUCGUGGUCGCUAGUGUUUGGGUCGUUUACUUCGAGUGA